GGGAAGUGGAGCUGCAGCGUGUGCGGACAGCGCCAGGCCGUGCAGAAGGUUUAUGGCCAGGGCUCAGGUCUGGACUGUAGGCGCCACGUCCAGAAGUUAAACUUGCUGCAGGGCGAAGCAGAGGAAGCUCUCGGUUGGACACCUCGGUGCACAGAAGACCCUCUAAAUGACAGCAAAAAUAGAGCAGCACAAUGUGAGGACAGUUCGGUCCAGCAGGAGGGAAGGGCAGAAGUCAGUCGCUGGAGUAAGUAUCUGGACCAGGACAGGGAGGAUCAGGAAGAGGAGGAGGAGGAGGCGGCUACAGAAAGGCAGCAAUUAUGUUCCCGGAGGAAGAACAGUGUGGGAGAAAAAAGGAAACACCAGAAGAGCUUCCUUUCCAGUGACGUUAAGGAGUAUGCAGAAGAAGGAGUUUUCCAGCUUGUGUCCCAGGCCAAAAAGCACAAGAAAUGCUUUGUAGCAGUGCCUGAUGGAGAUGGUGGAGAUGCUGUGUCUGCAGGCAGUGUGGUUCCUGCUGUCCCUGAGUCUGUAGUGCCAGAAAGUACACAGCCCACAACUGCUUCUACCAAACCCUCCAAGUGGGAAAAAUUUCUCUCAUCUUCUGAGAACUCCAGUGAAAAUGCUGCUGGGGUAGCCUUGUCACUGCAGGAUGCAGGAGGGGUGAGGCUGGACAGCACCCCUGCAGCCAGUGCUGGUAGGGCCGGGAGGUGCUCUGAACGGGCUGGAAGAAAUCUGCCUCAAGACACAAGUUUUGGGUUUAGAAAGUGUGUUGCUAGCAUUGAGGGGUUUGCCUCAAAACUGCCUGGCACUGUGGUGCCCAGCAGCAGUUGCUCAGUUGAGGACAUGCUGUUCAAAGAACCCCAAAGCCAGUUGGUAAGGGCAGGAUCUGGUGUAGAGACCACUGCAGGAAGGUGCUGUUUGGAUAGCACCAGGAGGGCAAAUACCCUUGUUAACUCUAGCCCUGGGCCAAAGCCAGGCAGCAUUUCUCAUGAACAGCUCUUCUGCACAGGGGAGGAGUUUGAUGAUGAUCUCUGA